CCAUCGGGGUUGCGGGUCCCUCGAGCGCGUACACACGCGACCACGUGUCACACGCUCGCACACAUGCAGCAGUUUGAUUGGAAUCUCGUGAUUAACGAUUUGGAAAGAUUAUGUGGCGCGCGAGAACCUUAGUGGAUUAAUUCUUUUGCAAACAAAUGUUGAUGUAAAGCAUGAUGGGAUAUUCUUAACAAUGGAGGGUGCUGUGAAUCUACAAUUAAGCUCAAAAUCUUUUGGUAUAUUUGAAGCAUUUUACAAUUCAGUAAAACCAAUACAGUUGGUGCAAUAUACAAUCGAAGUUGCCCCAGUUGGUAAAAUACCAAGCGGUAAGACAGAAAUCCCUUUUGAAUUGCCAUUGAAACCCCGUGGCACCAAGACACUUUAUGAAACUUAUCAUGGAGUUUUUGUCAACAUACAAUAUAUGAUUCGUUGCGAUAUUAAAAGAAGUUUUCUUGCAAAGGGUGUUAGUAAAUCAUUAGAGUUUAUUGUAGAAGAUAAGCCUGUUGAUGUUUUGGAUAGAGCACCUAAUAAAACUGUAUUUUUUCAAAUAAUACCAGAGUCCCUUCAAAAUACUAGAGAAAACACGACUGUUCCAAAAUUUUGUAUCUCUGGAAAGUUAGAUUCGCUCUAUUGUAAAUUACCAGAACCAUUAACUGGAGAAGUUCUUAUAGAACAUUGCGAGGCUGUCAUUAAAUCUAUAGAGUUGCAGUUAGUAAGAGUAGAAACAUGCGGUUGCGCCGAUGGAUAUUCAAGAGAUGCAACUGAAAUUCAAAACAUACAAAUUGGAGAAGGAAACGUAUGUUCAGGACUUGCCAUUCCAAUUUACAUGAUUUUUCCACGACUGUUUACCUGUCCUACUUUAAUUACGAGUAACUUUAAAGUUGAAUUCGAAGUUAAUCUGAUUGUUGUAUUUGAAAAUGACUAUCUAGUGACAGAAAAUUUUCCUAUUAUCUUGGCAAGGCACUGAACCUUCUAUUAUGUUAUUAUGUUAUUAGUUUUAU